AAAAACGUCAAAUUUAGCCCAAAAAUAGUGGCACUUUUUUUCAGCAAAGAGAAACUCCAAAAGUGUCGCUCGCAAUCAUACUGCCACAAACAUGGCUGCUGGUGCUUCUUCGUCUGGCAUUACUAUCGUCGCGAAUUUCGUUGCUGUUUGCUCGGGCUUUUCCACAGCAGGCCACUGUGUGAUUCCACAGCAGGCCAAAAAUUAGUGCUCCUAGCGGUAGUCGUCGUACGUGCAUCGUGACACGCGGCGGCACGUGAAUCGGUCGUGAAGUGUAUGCAUCGCUCUGUCUGAUUGGUUUAGUGUAUAUGCAAGUGCGACCCCCGCCCCAUAUUCUGUACGUGAAAUCCAAUUGGAAAAUUGAAUCGACAUUAAACCUGGUGGUUGCUGUGCAGGUUUUCUACGGCUCUCCCGGGGUUCGAUGCUUCCCAGCAGUCUAGUGUUACCGACCGAAUCCUCCGGACCAGAGCGCCAGAGACAGACCGGGCCGUGAGCAGUGCCACAUUAGUUUAUCGCAUACUAUUACGUAGCACAUACCUACACACAGUCGUAAUAAUAUAUUCAGCAAGUGUCAGUAAGCGGCAAGUUGGAACUAAUGACUAUGUUGAUGAUACGUACGCGUAACGAACGACAACGGCGAGAGGAGCUGAGCUUAUCGCAAAUUUUUUUUUUGUGAAUGCAUAAAUGACACACAGGAAAGUAAGUUCAACCGAAAACCCCACACGGCGUGAAGAAGCGUGCAGAGCGUUGUGUAUUUUUCAUUGGUUGGCCGUGAGAAGUGCCAGGAAACCCGAACCGUGCAACUGUUACUGAUUGUGUAGUGCGCGAGGGUGUGAGCUGUUGUGUGACAAACCGUGAAAAAGGCGAUUGAUCCCUCUGUUCGACCGAAGAGAAAAACGCAAUCUCGGCCCGCACGGAAGCAGCAGCAGCGGUAGUUGCUUUUCGGUGGGGUGGUGCUAGGCGGAAAUGACUUCUAGAAGGUGGUUCCACCCAUCGGUGUCGGGCGUCGAAGCGGAGAAGCUACUUCGCGAACGGGGGUUCGAUGGAUCCUUUUUGGCACGUCUGUCCUCCUCGAACCCGGGAGCCUUCACGCUGUCGGUGCGCCGGGGUCAGGAGGUGACACACAUCAAGAUCCAGAAUAAUGGUGAUUUUUUCGAUCUGUACGGAGGUGAAAAGUUUGCCACUUUGUCCGAAUUGGUUCAGUAUUAUAUGGAGAAUGGCGGUCAGUUGAAGGAGAAGAAUGGACAAAUUAUUGAACUGAAGCAACCGCUCAUGUGUGCCGAACCUACGACAGAAAGAUGGUUCCACGGUAAUCUGUCCAGCAAGGAGGCGGAACGGUUAAUCAUAGAACGGGGCAAGAAUGGCUCCUUUCUAGUGCGCGAAUCUCAGAGCAAACCGGGCGAUUUCGUACUAUCCGUACGGACCGAGGACAAAGUGACACACGUGAUGAUUCGGUGGCAUGAAAACAAAUACGACGUCGGUGGAGGCCAGCAAUUCUCGACCCUGUGCGAUUUGAUCGAACACUACAAGCGCAACCCGAUGGUGGAAACCUGCGGUACGGUGGUCCACUUGCGGCAACCGUUCAACGCAACCCGGAUCACGGCGGCCGGGAUAGACACCCGGGUCGAGCAGCUGCAGCGGGAGAACGGCAGCCACUGCUACGGCAAGGGUGGCUUUUGGGAGGAAUUUGAAUCUCUACAGCAGCAGGAGUGCCGGCAUACGUUCUCCCGCCGCGAGGGCCAACGGAACGAGAACCGGAUCAAGAAUAGAUAUAAGAACAUUGUACCAUUUGACCACACCCGGGUGAAGCUGAAAGAUGUGGACAGUACCGUCCCGGGUGCGGAAUACAUCAAUGCCAACUACAUUCGGCAGCCGACGGAGGCGGAGCAGAACGACAUGAACUCCUCGUCGGAGAAUCUGUCCCAGCAGGGGCACCAGAACAACAAUUCGACCAGUAAUAACAGCGGCAGCAAUGCGACGACCUACGCCAGCAUCAAUCAGCCUACCAGGAACUGCCAGAGCUGCCAGCUGCUGAACAAAACCUGCUCCCAGUGUUCCAUGAAGGCGAAUGAGCCAAAACAUAAACGGAAUGAGUCCAUCACGUCGCGUCUGCAGCUGCAGCAUACUCAGUCCAAGGGUAGCCUUCUGGUGGGUGGCAACCGGGACGAGAAGGAUCUCUUCAAAACGUACAUCGCGACCCAGGGCUGUCUGGCGAACACGAUACAGGACUUCUGGAAUAUGAUCUGGCAGGAGAACACACGCGUGAUAGUGAUGACUACCAAAGAAAUUGAGCGGGGCAAGAAGAAGUGCGAAAAGUACUGGCCCGAUCCAGGACAGUCGCGGGAAUGGGGUUCGGCCAAAGUAAGCUGCCUGAGCGAAACCAGCACCGCGGAUUACACGCUGCGCGAGUUUCUACUGUCGUGGCGGGGGCAGGAUGAGCGGAAAAUCUUCCAGUACCACUUCCAGGUGUGGCCGGACCAUGGCGUUCCGUCCGAUCCGGGCUGUGUGUUGAACUUUCUGCAGGACGUUAACGCCCGACAGGAGCAGCUGCAGCUGGAAGGAUUGGCUCCGGGUCCCAUCUGCGUCCACUGUUCGGCCGGAAUCGGUCGUACUGGAACGUUCAUUGUGAUUGAUAUGAUACUGGACCAAAUCGAUAGAGAAGGUCUGGACUGCGAGAUCGACAUCCAGCGGACGAUCCAGAUGGUCCGUUCGCAGCGUUCCGGCAUGGUCCAAACGGAAGCCCAGUACAAGUUCGUGUACUUUGCCGUGCAGCACUACAUCCAGACGCUGUUUACACGUAAACGGGCCGAACAGCAGAGCCUCCAAGUCGGCCGGGAGUACACCAACAUAAAAUAUGCAUGUGAUAGCAGUGAAUUGCAGCGGUCGCCCCUACCGGCCUCACUGUCAACACUUGGCCUAAACACUAGACAAGACUUGCAAAUCAAUCGCUCGUAUAAUCACACCACUAGGUCAACAUCUGACUCACAAUUACCACUACCGAGGGCUGUGACUGACUUGAAUAAUGCUUCAUCAGUAUAUGAGAACAUUCCCAAAGAAUCACGACCGCCACCAACGCCACCCAGGAAGUCAUGACAAAUGGAUUUUUAAAACACCAACUGUAACACCACAACCGUCAAACAGAAAGAAAGUAAACAUAAAACAGGCAAAAGGUCGCGUACGGAAAUGAACCAUUAUUAGUGAGAAAGAAAAAACUGACAAAAAGAAGAAAAAAAAGCUUGAAUGAAACACUCGCGAAGAAGACAAACGACACUCAAAUGUGAACUCGGAAUAGUUAGGUAUACCGAAACCGGCGGCUGUAAAAGCUAGGUUUCGAGUUCAAAAGUAAUUGUAUCUUUCUAAUGCAUGCACGGAAAAAGUAAGGAUCGGUUAAAAGUGGAUUAAAGCAUGGUAACGCCAAACGCAAAUUAUUGUACCCUGGAUGAUUACUCAAUGAUUAUAAACCAGUCCAGUUCUCAAUGCACCCACACACACACACAUUCAUGUUCGCGUGGAAAAACAAAAACGGACAAACAACGGAUGAGAGGUAAGAAUAUAUUAGUGUAUCUAGUCUAAUAAAUUUGUGAAAAGGAGAGAAUCGAACCGUCGUGGCCCUUCAGAAAUAUCGCAGGUUGAAAUUAGGAAAGACAUUAUUCCCCGUGUUGGCUUUGGUUUGAGUCCGAACUGUGGCUAGUGAAGUUCAAACCGGAAACCAAGCGUUUACAUUGAUUCGCAGGCGCAGCACCUGUCAAAAGAGCGAGUCCAAUAACGUACGUACAGAACGGAAUAUCGACAGAAACUGAGAAACGAAAGCUAUAAAUGUGAUUUAAAACAAAAACAAACUAACUAAGCAAGUUGCGGUAGGAAAAGUUACGAAACGAGUGGGGAUUAGAAUGCCGUACCCCAAGGUAAUCAAAUGAGAUCGGAUUCAUUGUUUAGUUUUUUAUUAUUGUUGUUAUGUUUCGUGACUAUUUUUUUGCUGAAUUGAACAUCCGUAGAAUGUUAAGUUGUGUAUCGCGCACCGCUAUUUUUAUGUUACGUAUUCUCUCGACCGUUUUCGUUUGAUGAGCUGCACUUUAUCGACACACAGAGAGAAACCCGAUGGCCAAGCAGAGAAACAAGGUUUUAUUGUAAUGUUCUAUAUGUUAUAUGAUAACUAUCGCAAGCGAAAACUGAAAGAAUAUAUCAUUACACACAUCGUUUUUCGUUGGUUGUUAAGUUUAUUUUUCACUUUUAUCACAUUUUCCUUCCGUUGUACAGUUGAUGCUCGGAGUGAGCGAUUUUUGUUUGCUUUCUGUAUCAUAGCUGAUAGAGUGUUAAGAACGUUUUCAAUGUGCUGAAUGUUUUACAGUAGUAGUUGCCACCUCCAUGAUCUAGAAGCAUCGAGUUCCGAUCAAUCCCCUUAGGGGAAAAAGUCUAUAUUUAUUGAUAAAUCUUCGGAUAUGUGACGAAGAAUCGUACGAAAUCAGUCGAAUGCAGGCUAGAAGCAUAAUACAAUCGAGGAUAAUAGAACGGAGAGAGAAUAGAUUAUUAAAAUUGUUUCUGUUUUUAAGCCAACAAUUGUCGAAUAUUUAAUCAAAUGAGGUUGACACAUUAGACUAGCAAGGCGAAGCUUGCUAUAUUUAUUUCUUUAAUUAGAAUAUCCCACUCUUUGCUAAUUAUAUCAUUCCCUAAUUGACAACCGCUGAGCUUUACACGUUAAAUUGUCUACUGCCUUACGAUUAUAAAUGUUCGAUGCAAACAGCACUCAGCAGCGGCUAUCACUUGCACCUUUCAAUCUACCCAACUGUGAAGACAAGCUUCUCUUUCUCGAUUAAAUAUGACCUAACUGCGUGAUAUCGGCUAUGAAAAAUUGAAAUAAAAUACCUAAAACCUACAUGAUCGAAAAUCCUCAACAAUAAACAAAAAAAAAACGAAACAAAGUUGCAAACAAGAACACCGAAUGAAACCAAUAAACAAACUACCGUAGAGAUUAACAAUUUAAGAGAUUACUAUAAAAGAAAAACAAACAGAGCUUUAGAGUUCCUUCCCGAGUCUUGUCCCGUAGUAGGCUAAAUACAAAAAAAAAAACUCCUUGCAUGAUUAAAACUGAAUGUGAUUUUAGAGCCGAUAUGUUGACCAUUAUAAACCUACUGAGAUAAAUAAUAUACUCACCCUCAACGUAGCGAGAAACGAAGAGAAGAAACAAGAAUAAAAAAAUAAUAAAACGAGCCCCAAUAUUGAAUUACUCCCUCUAGGCGGAAAACAAAUUGAAUUAUACACGUAAGAAGAAGAAAGUCGACAGACAGAGGCACACGUACAUACGCACAUACAACAUACACAACAGAAAAAAAAACAGAGUCUAACUAGUUAUGUAUUUGAACCAAUAAAGUAAUAAACGUUAUAAUUGAAAUCAAA